AUGGGUGUUAAGGAUCUGUGGAACCUGCUAACGCCGUACAUGGAGCGGAAGCCACUGUUCGAACUGAGUAACAAAGUGGUAGCCAUCGAUCUUUCCGGAUGGGUGUGCGAAAGUUUAAAUGUGGUAGACUACUUCGUACACCCUCGAUUUUAUCUGCGAAAUUUGUUCUUUCGCACGUGCUAUCUGCUGCAAACGGGCAUAACCCCCGUGUUCGUUUUGGAGGGCGCAGCACCACCGCUGAAGUACGGUGUUAUCGUAAAACGGAAUCAGACACAAUUCCGUGGUGCACGUCCGAGGAAGGUUAACAACUGCGACAAAUCGGGGAACGUUGCUUCAGCAUCACGACCGGCAGACAAGCUGAGCCAACCGUCGGAACAGAAGCGCAACCGGUUCCAUCAGGUGCUGAAACAAUGCGAGGAGCUCCUAAACGCCAUGGGGUUGGUUUGCGUGCAAGCUCCCGGCGAAGCGGAAGCGCUCUGUGCGUAUUUGAAUCACGACGACCGCAUCUACGGUGUUAUCAGCCAAGAUUCAGACUGCUUCGCGUAUGGCGCGGUACGCGUUUUUCGUAACUUUUGUGCCUCACAAACCGGUGGCGGUUCGGUCGAUGUGUACGACUUGCAGCGCUUGGAGGGUAGCGCUCUGCAGCUGGGCCAAGAAAAAAUCAUUGCCAUGGCCCUGCUCACCGGAUGUGAUUACUGUCCGGCGGGUGUGUUGGGUGUGGGCCGCGAAAUGGUGACACGAUUUUUAUCUUGUUGCCAAAAUGAUUCCAUUUUGGCCAAGAUACGAUCGUGGCGCCGGACAAGCGAUCAGUUGACGGCACUGGAGGUGAAGGUAGACGAUAAAAAUGUUUGCACCGACUGUGGGCACGCGGGAAAGCUGCAGCAGCAUCGAAAGUCCGGGUGCCUAGAUUGCCACAGGAGCGCCGGUUGCGAUGAGUCCCGAUGGAGGCAACAGCGCGCGAACGUAAAAGCGGAACUAGAGAUUAAACGGAAAGCACUUAAAGAUCCCAAUUUUCCGCACGAACCCAUCAUAGAGGAGUUUCUAACGAGGCCAUGUGAGCUGCCCACGCUGGAUUUAUCGUGGAAACAACCCAAUCUUGUCAAGUUCACCCAAAGCAUGUCCUCGUACCUGCAGUGGAACGAGCUGUACUGCUUCCAAAAGUUACUCCCGCUGUUCACCCGGUGGCAAAUCGAUUCCGCGAAUGUCCAGAGCGCCACACGAUCCAACGUAUUCCUGACACCCGAUUACAUUAAGAAAAAACGUGCUCCCAAAGGAAUCGCGAGCUAUGAAAUCAUUUGGAAAGAUGCUCACGGUUUAUUUCGCGGCUUGAUACCACAGGAACAGAUUGACGCUUACUUGGAAGAGGCGGGAAAUAGUUUGGAAAACCUUUGGAGCACGAUCGAACCCCACGAGCUGGUGCUUAUAGCAUAUCCUGAGCUGCUCGAUGCUUUUCUUCAGUCGAAGGUGAAAGGAAAACGCAAAAAGGUGGCUAAACCCUCUCAAACCGAGAACGAAAACGAAAAACCGAAAAAGAAAGUCACCAGAAAAAAGAAGGACGAAAAGCAGCAGCGCUUGAGCGUUUUUCUCAAAAAUCCGGGCACAUCCAAAGAGCAGGAUAAAACAGCGGCCCAGAGUGAUGAAGAAAACCAAGUGAAUCUAUUUAACAGAUCGCCACCGUAUAUGGAGGAUCAUUUUAAUUUGAACCUAACAGCCGAACUAGAGGCGAUUGCAGAGGACCGCACUACGAACGAUACGUUCAAUUCGUCGGAGGUAAUCGAACGUUUGUGUCGCCCAAACUACUUGCAGCGGGCACUCGUUGAGUACAUGGAAGUAAUCGAAACAGAAAAGAAAUCCGCUGCACUGCACGAGCUGCUUUCUCAAAGUUUGGCUCUACUGGCGACCGACCAAGACGAAGACACACCGGUGCAGCAUCGCAUAGUACUGAAGCAGGACCUUUUGAAUGCUUCCGUAAGCAGUACCAAUCCGGAACAAACGUUGCCGGUUGCAAGAAAGACGAAAAGAAAAAGCUUUUUCUUCGAGCCAAUCCAUGUUCCUCCGGAUGGUGGUGAUGAUGGUUCUACAAACCCUGAAAUGGAUAUGUUCGAAUGUUCGCUAAUGCUAAAAGAUCAGAUCGUCGUCGAGCAGCCUGCAUACGAUGGGGAAGGAUUGGCCAAUCAGACGAUUGUUUACGAUAUAGAUUUUUAG